AGAGGAGUCAGAUUGUCAAAUAAUAACUUGACAAGUCUAAUUGGUAUUUUCUCAGUUCUUUCAAAUGUUUUGGAAACCCCAAAUGAGUUACUAUGGGUAGAUCUUUCUUUCAACAGUUUAUCGACACUGGAAGGUAUUGAUUCUCUCCCAGAAAACCUCACUACACUUUACUUACACGCCAAUAAUAUUACUUCCCUCAAUGAAAUUGCCCCACUGCAAAGGUUUAGAGAGUUGAAGUAUCUCACUCUUUUAGGAAAUCCAAUUGAGGAUAUCAAAAACUAUCGGUUCUGCAUUCUCUCCAUCUUUCCCUAUCUGAAAUCUUUCGACAGAGUCACAGUUACGGAGAGAGAUAGAGAAACAGCCAAA